UAAAAAGCCAUUUGAACAGGUACUCUCUUUAUAGCAAAACUCUGUGGCCUGAGCAAUGACUUUCGCACUCAAAAAUAAGUUUCUCAUUUUCAUGUUGAUUGUUUCCGGGGCUCUGGCAUCUGCCUCGUCCCGCAUCUUGGAUGAAACUAUCCUUGCUGAGAAAUACAAGCAAUGGAUGGUUCAGCAUGGACGCACCUAUGAGAUGAAGGAAGAGGAGAAUAUGCGUUUUGAGAUAUUCAAAAAGAACUUGGAAUACAUAGAAAACUUCAAUAACAUGGGGAAUCAAACUUAUAAGUUAAGCACCAAUGAAUAUGCGGACUUAACUAAUGAAGAAUUCCUAGCGUACUAUGCUGGAUACAAGAUAUUUCCUAGCAAAAUUUCAUUCAAAACUAAAAGAUUUAAAUAUGAAAACCUGACCAAUGUUCCAGCUAGCAUUGACUGGAGGAAGAAAGGGGCUGUCACCCAAAUUAAGGACCAAGGUGCUUGUGGAAGUUGCUGGGCAUUCUCAGCUGUCGCAGCUGUGGAAGGUGUCAUAAAGAUUAAAACUGGUCAGUUGUUCUCACUCUCUGAGCAGCAACUGGUGGAUUGCGCCAGGAUCCAUAAAACUCAAGGCUGCUACGGUGGUUGGAUGGAUGAUGCUUUUGAAUACAUUGUAAAAAACCAUGGUCUCGCCAAGGAAACAAAAUACCCAUACACGUCAAAGGAUGGGAAUUGCAGCCAUCGGAAAGCAGCUGUCAGAGCUGUGCAGAUCAACGGCUACGAAGAUGUACCUCAUAAAGAUGAAGAAGCACUACUAAAGGCUGCGAGCCAGCAACCUGUCUCUGUGUGCCUUAAUAGCAAGGGACCUGAAUUUCAAUUUUAUUCAGGAGGGGUUUUCACAGGACCAUGUGGAACUUCUUUGAACCAUGCUGUUGCCAUUGUUGGGUAUGGGAAAAGUGAAGAUGGUACCAAAUACUGGUUAAUCAAGAACUCAUGGGGCAAAUCCUGGGGUGAAAGUGGAUACAUGAGGAUUAAGAGAGAUGUUGCUUCCAAAAAAGGUCUCUGUGGCAUCGCCAAGAAAUCUUCCUAUCCAGUUGCAUGAAUAUAUAGCACGUUCAAAGGGUUGCGCUUAGCUUCCCCUAUAAAUUAGUACUUACUGUUCUUGCUGUUUCCUAUAAAUUUUUAAGAGGUCUCUCAAGUGCUCUUAGCCAUUAAAAUAACAAUGUUAUAUGGCUGUUGAUCAUGUAAAUUAGCUUUUCCAUAAAAAAUAAAUUGGUGUUCUAGUUGCCAGACUAAUUAUUAUAUGUCCUCCAAUUACAGUA